AUGAUCAGUGAGAGGUUCCAUUUGAGGAUAAAGGAGGAAUUUUAACAUCGAAACUCCAAUUGCCGCCUCGAUGCGUUUGUGGAACUUUUGAUCAAUGCUAUUGAAGAUCUUUCUGAGUCUAUAGCGGUGAAGGACCGUCGUCGAUUUGCUGCCGCUGCGUAUAGGCUGCAAGAGGCUAAUAAAAACCACAGGAGAGCGGAAACUAUUUAUGCACAAGCACCUGACCUCGUAGUCAGCGUAGCAACGAACAAGUGGCUGGUUCGAAACACAGCCAAAACGGAAGAAUUCGACGUGAUCUAUGAAGGACCCUGCCCAUGCGAUGAAUUGGUAAAAUUAACGUUUCACUUUUAUAACGUGCAUUUUUAG